CGUAAACAGGAAGUGCUGGCAAAGUUUGAAGUGUAGAGACAUGUACAAACACGCCUGCACCAAGCAAGCAGUGUCAAACUUUUAGCCUUGCUGCCGGGGGAACCAUGACAAGCUUCCCUCUAAAAAUACAAACUCUUAUUCCAGAGAAAAAGAAGAAGGCGACCCUUGCUCACAGUGACCUGCAGAAAUGGGGUUUACGAGGGAUCCAGCUGAGGUCCUACCAGCUGGACGGCGUGCAGUGGCUAACUCAGUGCCUGAAGAACCAGCAGGGAUGCAUUUUAGGAGACGAGAUGGGCUUGGGAAAAACUUGCCAGACGAUUUCUCUGCUGCUGUACGUGGCAGGAGCUCUUGGAGGGAAAGGCCCGUUUUUGGUCCUCAGCCCUCUCUCUGUCCUGGAGAACUGGAGGAGUGAGAUGGAACGCAUCGCUCCCUCUCUGACUGUGCUGUGUUACAAGGGAGACAAGGAGAGGCGGGCUGAGAUUCAGAGGGAUGCAGACAACCUGAACUUCCAUGUGCUGCUCACCACAUAUGAGCUAUGCCUUAAAGACGCUUCAUUCUUGAGAAAGUGGAAGUGGAGGGUUCUCGUGGUGGACGAGGCUCACAGACUGAAAAAUCAAAACUCACUUCUGCACAAAACCCUGACAGAGUUUUCAGUGGGUUUUAGAGUUCUGCUGACUGGGACUCCCAUCCAGAACAACCUGCAGGAGGUCUACUCGCUGCUGAACUUCAUCCAGCCCAGCCUGUUUCCAGCAGAUGAGACGGAGCACUUUGUCACCUCCUAUUCGAAUGUACAGAAUCAACCUGCUCUUGUUGGAGAGCUGCAGGGAGUGUUGGAGCCCUUCCUCCUUCGGAGGAUCAAGUCGCAGGUGGCUGCAGAUCUGCCUAAGAAGAUGGAGCUGGUGGUGUACCACGGCAUGUCCGCUCUGCAGAAGAAAUACUACAAAGCCAUUCUGAUGAAGGAUGUUGAGGCUUUUGGAAAUGAGCAAGGCAACAAGACGAGGCUGCUGAACAUUUUGAUGCAGUUGAGAAAGUGUGUCGACCAUCCGUACCUGUUUGAUGGGGUGGAGCCCGAGCCCUUUGAGAUGGGGGAGCAUCUCAUUGAAGCCAGCGGGAAGCUUUGCCUUCUGGACAGCUUACUGGCUCACCUGCACAACGGGGGCCAUCGAAUCCUGUUGUUCUCUCAGAUGACUCGGAUGCUGGAUAUUCUACAGGAUUAUAUGGAAUACAGAGGGUACAGCUAUGAACGUCUGGAUGGGUCCGUUCGGGGUGAAGAGCGUAAUCUAGCUAUCAAGAACUUCAGCAGCAAGGACAUCUUUGUCUUUCUACUCAGCACUAAAGCAGGCGGAGUAGGAAUGAACCUCACUGCUGCCGACACUGUCAUUUUUAUGGAUAGUGACUUCAACCCUCAAAAUGACUUGCAGGCUGCUGCACGCUGUCACCGGAUUGGCCAGAACAGGCCUGUGAAAGUGAUCCGCCUCCUUGGACGAGACACCGUGGAGGAGAUAGUGUACUCUCGUGCUGUUUCUAAGCUGCACCUCACCAACACUGUCAUUGAAGAGGGACGUUUCUCUUUGCUGGACCAAGCCCAGUCUGCCGCUGCAGGGCUUCAGUUAAGCGAGAUCUUGAAGUUUGGGGUAGAUAAGCUUUUAUCAUCAGAAGAGAGCUCUAUACAGGAUGUUGACCUGGGCAAGAUCCUUGGUCAUUCACGUGAUGGUCAGUGGGUGGCUGAUGAAGACUCCACCCUUCUCCGAGGGGAGGAAGAAGAAGAAGAAGAAGAAGAGAAGGACUCUGAAUCUGAGGGGCAGAACCACAUGUACUACUUUGAGGGGAAAGACUACUCUAAGGACCCCAGCAUAGAAGACCAAAAGAUCUUUGUUCGUUUGCUGGAGGAGCAGCAGGCUGAGCUACAGGAGGCUGCAGCAGAGGGACGGGCUCUGCGAAAUAAAACUAGUGUAUCACUGUCUGUGUCACUUGGGUUUCCACUGAGGAAGAGGAAACAGCUUAGUGAAGCUGAGCUGGAGCUGAGGCGUCAGAAGAGGCAGGAGGCAGCGGCCAAGAGAGCCAAAUUACAAGAAGACAUGAAAAGGAAACAGCAAGAACAGAAAUACAAGAAAAAGAUGGCAUGGUGGGAGUCCUGUGGCUACAGAUCGCUGUGCCUGCAGUCUGUGGACAGUGAGGAAGAGGAGGAGGAGGAGGAAGAGGAAGCUGGUGAAGACAGCAGCAUAUGCUCCACAGACUCAGACCACACUGCCAUCCACUAUGUUUUAGGGGAUGUUACCCAUCCUCAUGCUGCUCAGGAAGAUGCCAUUAUCGUCCACUGUGUCGAUGACUCUGGGCGAUGGGGCAGGGGUGGCCUGUUCACAGCACUGGAGGUGAGGUCGGAUGAACCCCGUAAGCAGUAUGAGCUGGCCGGCAAGAUGAAAGACCUGGAUCUUGGAAAUGUGCUUCUCUUCCCCAUAGAUGACAAGCAGUCCAGAUUGGAUGGUCAAGAUCAAUUGGCCCUCAUAGUGGCGCAGCAGAGAGACAAAUCAAAUAACUUGUCUGGAAUCCUCCUCACUGCUCUGGAUGAGGGUCUGAAGAAGAUUUAUUCUGCGGCCAAGAGAAAUAAGGCAAGUGUACAUCUGCCCCGUAUUGGUCACUCCACCAAAGGUUUCAACUGGUACGGCACAGAGAGGCUCAUCAGGAAGCAUCUGGCAUCUAAAGGCAUCCCCACCUUUAUAUACUACCACAGUAGAAGCACCAAGACCACAGUAACAGCUGCACCUCACACCUCAGCAUCAUCCCCUGAACCACAGUCCCGUGGAUCAGACGGGCUGCCUGAUGAGGGAGAAACAGAAAUCCCCGGCCCCUCUAAUCCUGUCAGGACCCACAGCCCUGUGGAGCUCCCCAGUUUCAUGAAGGGAGUUCAUGUCUUUUUCUACAAUCUGCCUGCAUCAGAGAGGAAGAGGCUGGCCCGCUACCUCAUCACUUAUGAUGGAGAUGAGGAGGAGAUCAUGAGCCCCGAGGUCACCCACAUAGUUGCAGAGGUGGAAAAUGCAGUGCACUCACAGGAGCUCCAGGAUCUGGUGAGACAGUAUCCCCAGUCUGUCCCUAUUCAGAAGGCUUGGCUGCAGUCCUGCUUCUCCAAACAGAGAAAAGUCAACACUGCACAGUUUCUGCAUCUGCUCAGAUAACAGUGUUUGGAUCAGCUUAGUAUUUUAUUUUAUUUGAAUAAUCUUUGUUUCAAUUUGCUUGGCUCCUAUAUAAUACAUUCAUGAAUAUCAAAUCAUUGUCGAGGCAAUGAUGCCUGACAUGAUAUACCUUAGAGGCAAAAUAAGAACUAAAUAUAAAACUUGAAUGAACUAUUUUACUACUAUGCUGUGGUUUUUAGUUGUGUUGCACCUGAGGAGUUUGCUUAUAUUUCUACAUUAACCCCCUGCUUACUGACAUUUUAUAUCGGUUGGGGUCAGUUUUACCCCAGUGAUUUAAACCUCCAGAAAAUGACCAGAAUAAUAAUUGUUACCCAAGUGUAUGUGUCAGGUACUGUAUGUUUCUUGUUGACUACUUAAAUAGCCCUCAAAAUAAAAUACCCCCACCCACACACACACCAUCAGAA